CAGAGUUAUUAUUUCAGACUGUUUAGUGAACUGCUGAAGAAAAUGUUUCACACACUUGUUUUAUUCUAUUUUUGCUGGUGGCAUCUGGUUGGGUUUUUUGCCACUGAGACAGAUGGAAUAAAGUCAUUGUCAGUGAUGGAGGGAGAUUCUGUCACUUUAUACACUGAUGAUGCUGAAAUACGUGAAGAUGACGACAUGUUGUGGAAUUUUGGAACUGAAAAGCGUCACAUAACUCGAAUCAAUAAGAAGGCUGGAAUCUUCUCAAUGUCUGAUAGUCUUGAUGGGAGAUUCAGAGGCAGACUGCUACUGAACAAUAAAACUGGAGAUCUCACCAUCACAAACACCAGAAUCACAGACACUGGACUUUAUAAACUACAGAUCAGUGGAUCUAAACUGUCAUCAAAAACAUUCAGUGUUACUGUCUAUGCUCGUCUGCCCAUUCCUGUGAUCACCAGUAACUCUUCUCAAUGUUCUUCAAGCUCUAAAUGUGUGUUGGUGUGUUCAGUGGUGAAUGUGACACAGGUGACUCUCUCCUGGUACAAAGGAAACAGUUUAUUCUCCUCCAUCAGUGUGUCUGAUCUCAACAGCAGUCUCUCUCUACCUCUGGAGGUGGAAUAUCAGGAGAACAACAUCUACAGCUGUGUGAUCAAUAAUCCCAUCAGAAACCAGACUAAACAUCUCAACAUUACUGAAGUCUGUCAGCCGUGUUCAGAUCUGGACUCAUCUUUGGUUUAUAUAGAGCUGAUUUCUGCUGCUGCCGGAUCUCUGUUGAUUGUGGCUGCAGUUGUGAUAUUCUGCAUCUACAGGAAACACAAAAUAACACACCAAGACGGCAAGUGUUAA